UUUAUUGCACGACGAUAACAUAACCAUACAUAACAAUGUGAUUAGUAUAAUUUUAAUAUACGAGGUUAAAUUAUAUGUCAAACAUUUUUUGUCUUAUUAUGACUUCUUUGUUACAACAAUAUAAAUUUGAAUGUCGAGUUAGUUCGGUUUUAAAUAAAAAUAAUCAAUCUUAUGGGAAAAAUUAUAUGUUUGAUAAUUGUCCUGAAACAUGUUGGAAUUCCAAUUCGGGAAUUCCACAAUGGAUAAUUAUUCAUUUUGAACAAGAAUGUGAAGUAAAUUCAUUUGAAAUUGAAUUUCAAGGUGGAUUUGUUGGCAAAGAUUGUCAUUUAGAAGUUGGUGACAAAGAAACUAAAUUUUAUGAAUCAUUUUAUCCAGAAGAUAAAAAUACAAUACAAAUGUUUAAUUUGAAAAAUUCAAUCAAAGCAAAAACAUUUAAAUUUGUAUUUAAUGAAAGUACAGAUUUUUUUGGCAGAAUAAUCAUAUACAAAUUAUCUUUAUAUUCAUAA